UUCUCUGCAUUGACUGUAAGUGGACAACAUCAUGCUCUCGAAAUCAUCCUGUUCAGAAAAAGGAUCUGAAUCAAGGCAGAAACCCAAAUGCGCGCGCUGUCGCAACCAUGGUAUAUACCCUGUUCCUCUGAAGGGCCACAGAAAUGUUUGCCCCUACAAGAUGUGCAACUGUAAGUAUUGUAUUUUGAUUUUGGAGAGACGCUUGGUGUCGAUGAAGCCGCAGCGUCAAACAGAGGGAGUCAAAGAGAAAUCGUCAAAGAAGAAAAAAUCUGCAAAGAAAACAAAACUGGUAGAUGUUGCUGAGGAGAAAAAAAUGGAGCAAUCCUCAAUUGAACCUGCCAAGGUGGAUGCCCAACCAACUUCGCUCUCACAUAGAAAUGGACACGAUCCAAAACCUACAGUGAGCUAUCUGCCAAGAACAGUAAACACAGGAGAGGUUUUGGAUACUAAACGAAGUUCUCCUGGCUUAACAAGAGAGCAGUCAAGAUAUUUCCCUGAAUACACAAGCCUGCCCAAUCCACCGCUUCCUUACUAUGGUUAUCUGCCACAGAUGCGGAAUUUGAACCCUAGCGCCCCACCGAACGUGACCAUCAGUCCCCCGAGGUUUCACAGAAUGGUGAUCCCGGAACAGCCGAAGUGGUACUUGAGUUACCCACAGUUGGAUUCUCCCAAUUACAUUGCACCACAUUCUCAGGGUUUUGCUUACAACCCAUCACCACUGACUUUGAGCCUUCAGCGAUCCCAAGAGCCUUUUCUGAAAAUGACUGGUGACAACUGAACCACAUGGCUUGAAAAGAAGCAAGUUUCCCUGUGGAGAUUCCCUGUGUCGCUAUCUUACUUUGUGAUCAUGAACUAAAAAUCAGGGUUUGCGAAAAGUUGGACUUUGGUUUUCCCACCAGAUGUGCCCCUGCAUUUCAAAUUUAAGUUCAUUGGUGUUUCAAGAGCUUCACACUUUAUCAGUGUGCUGUUGUCAAGAACUAUUAAAGAAACAUUUUACUGACCUCAAGAGCAGGUUUCUGUUUAUUCCCUGCGAUUAAUGGAGGAACACAAAGUACGUGGAUUUGCAAGAGUCACCUACCCGUGUUGGUUGACAUAAGCUACGUUUUUGUUACAGUUUUGAAAAUGUUAUUUAGGCAAAUGUAAAGUUCACACAACAAUGCCAUACAAAAGAGAAAAAAAAAUGACCAAACAUUGGAAACAGUUUGGCGUUCGCAAAUAUCUUUGUAGACAAUGAAUAUUUGAAAAGACAAACUAAACAAGACUAGAAACUUGAUUCAAAGGUUACUCUUCUUUGCAGGAUUCUAUUCACACUUUUACCCUCUGGAGUGACUUGCAUCUUAUUUUUCUGUACAGUAUCAUCCCUGAAUCAAACAUUAAGGUCACCAGAAUAUAAGAGAUGAUCACCAACUGAAGAAACUCUUGAUUGUGAAACAAAUUCUCUUUGCAAUACCUUAGGAGAUAUAUAGAGAACAGAAUGGUGGAUAUGGAUGCUGAUAUUGGGGUGUAAAAGGUCAACACACAUGGGUAUGGACAAUGCUUCGUUGAUGUUUCUUUUUGUCCACUCCAUCUUUAGAAACUUUGAAAUAUUUAGUAGCCAUGUUUAGACCCUUUCAGUGUGUACUUAAAAAAUGGAACAAUACCAACCAUUUGAGGGAAUUGAGAUAAUUCCUGAGUAAAGACACCCUUUUGCCACUUCAAAUACCAACCAAAGGAGCAUUCCAUUUUUCAAGGCACCCUCAAUGCUUUAAGUGAGGAUGCCUAAGAUCUUUUCUUCAAAAUAUCAGACACAAUUUAACAUUUUGAGUCUUUGUGCCAACUGGAAAAAAAACCCCUUCUUUAAAGAAAUUAUUUCUUCAAAUAUCAGUA